GUGCCCCUUUUCAAACCCCAUUAAGCUUGAUCGGGCCUUCGACUUCGGAUCGGUGCCACUGAGAUACAGUUCCGAUACAGCUCCGUUUAAAUUAACCCUUAAGAAAGAAGGUACGUAACGCUAGUCAUCGUGCUUGUCACCAUCGUCCUUUGGACUGCUAUUUGACAAUGUACUUGGUCUGAAAUAAAGAAGCCCAAACAACUGUGGAGUCUUAUCUGUCCUUCGCUUUCCAUCGCCCUGCAAAGUAUCCCUCCUUGCAUCCACUGUCCAUUCCUCUGAAGCAAUCGCGUUGCCUUCAAUCGAAUGUCUUCUCAAUGCCCACCGACGAUAGCACCCUAGAAAAGGGAGCCGCCGACGAUUUAAUCUCCUCCAACGAUCCCACCCAGUACGCAUCCUUGGCCACAUCCCGAUUUCGAUCCUUCCCGCGAAGCCUCGUCCCGACCUUUUCCCUGGGCGCCUCCCAAAAUGACCCCAAUCGCAAACUGGGACGGACGGCCUACCUCGACGGCCUCCGCGGAUUCGCCGCCUUCCUCGUCUAUUGGUCGCAUCACCAGUCCUGGGGACACGAUAAGGGGCACAUCUACGAGAGCGGAUACGGAUACAAUGGACAACAUUACCUAGUCCAGCUGCCAGGCCUGCGCAUGUUCUUCUCCGGUGGACAUUUUGCGGUGGCAGUCUUCUUCGUGAUCUCGGGCUACGUCCUCUCCGCGAAGCCGCUCACGCUCAUCGCGUCGAAGGAGUACGUGAAACUCGAGGAAUAUCUCGCGUCCGCGGUGUUUCGACGCUGGACGCGGCUCUAUCUACCGAUCAUUGUCACGUCGCUGCUGUUUGCGACAUGGUGGCAUGUGUUCGGGACGCGGGUGUUCAAGCCGGUGCCGACGUACGUGGGUGAGUUUCAGACAUGGCUCCAGGCGUUCAUCCACCUGUCGUGGGACUGGCGACUGAGCACGCAUAUGUGGUUUCGCUACAACUUUCAUAUGUGGACGAUCCCGGUCGAGUAUCGCGGGUCGUUGUACGUCUACACAUCCCUGAUCGCAUUUUCACGCGCGUCGAAAAACAUGCGGCUGCUCUGUACUAUCUUUUCGAUCAUCUAUACCUUGUUGAUCAUCGAUGGCUGGUACUUGAGUUUGUUCGUGGCCGGCAUGCUCCUUUGCGACCUCGACCAACUGGCCGCGCAGGAUCGUCUCCCUGCAAUCUUCGACCGUGUGCGGCCAUAUCAGACUCGACUCCUGUGGGCAAUGUUCGUCAUCAGCGUGUUCCUCAGCGGCGUUCCCGCCGAGGAAAAAACCCUCGCCGACAACCCCGGCUGGUACUAUCUCUCCUACCUCGUCCCCGACGGACUCAAGAGCACGAACCCCGAUUCCAAAUGGUUCUUCCAUUUCUGGGCCGCCACGUUCAUGGUGGUCUGCUGCCGACGGUUUUCCUGGCUGAAAACCUUCUUCGAAGCCCCCUUUAACCAGUAUCUGGGUCGAGUGUCUUAUGCCUUGUAUCUGGUCCACGGUCCGGUCCUCUGGAUCCUGGCCGAUCCGGUGUACGCGUUGUUGGGGUGGUCGAUCCCGACGACGCGAGAAAACCCGCCCCAAUGGGGCAGUCUCGUGCCGGCGGUUAACCUCGGACCGCUGGGACUGGAGUUCAAUUUUUUGUUGGGUCAUUUGGUGAUCUUGCCGAUGACGUUGUGGGUUGCAGAACUAUGCACUCGAGGUGUAGAUGAGCCAAGUGUACGGGCCUCACAUUGGCUAUACAAACGUUUUAUUGGGACGCCCUAACGGGAUCUGUACAUGGGAAACAAUUGAUCAUCGAUCUGGCCAGGAGUCAAGAACGGUGCCUUCUAGUUACUGAGCAAUGGCAUAUAUGUGCCAAAGCAUUACGUCUCGACAUACAUGAUAGACUUGCAAGACCGGGUCUAUCAGCGAUGUGCAUAUAGAUGGAUGGCGUAAGGUAUUUGAAGGAAUUGGAUAGAGGAAUUGGAUAGCAAGUUAUGUAUGAACGUUAAUCCACAAUUUUGAG